CAGAAAAUUGAAAAUAAGAUUACACUAAAUAAAUAUGAAGAAGCUGUGGAGAGGAUAAAUGAAAUAAUUGAAAAAAGUGCAAAAAAGAUGUACAUAAAAAAACACAGACGAAGUAGAUUGGAUAGUAAAUAUAUUGUUGAAGGGACUUCAGAAGAUGAUCGCAGGCGUCUCUGGGAUAUAGCAAGCAGAAGGAAGUCAACACUGCAAGGCUUUUACUUUAAAGACGCCAUUGGUGAAUAUGAUCCAGAAAGAAAAGUGAGAAGACCAACCGAACACAGACGUAAAUCUACAAUGUUGGGAACAAGCUAUGAAGAACAAGAGAGGCUAAAGGAAAUUAUGAAGAGAACUUUGGAGAACCAGGCUAAGACAGAUGAAAAACCUACUUUGGAUUUUGAUCCUGAUCUGUUUUACAAUGUUUAUAUGGAAAGGGAAGACCAGAAUUUUGCCCUAUUUAACUUUGUCACAGAGCAGAUGAAUGAAAUUGAAAAUGUUCAAGAGCACAUUGAGGAGUUAAAACUGAGUAUUGCAAUCCUAAAAAACAAAGAUUUCAAUGAGAAUGAAGAGCAUAAGAUCAUCAUGGCAGAAGUUGAACAGAAACUGAAACAAGCCACAGAGGCUAAAAACAAGUAUAAAGCAGACAUUAAAAAGAAAGAAAAGACUGUAGAUUGCAUCAGAACAGGGGUUGAGGAUUUAAUGAAGAAGCUUGGAAUUGAGCAUUCAGUUUCCUCAGUCUCCUUAGGAUGGAAGCAUGGUACACAAAAUCAGAACAUCAGUGUUCUUCUUGGAAUUAUUGAACAAAGAGCAAGCGAACUUCUAACGUCAACUUUCUUCUUGAAGUACCAGGACUCAGUCAGAAGUGACCAAAGUACACUUCCAAAAUAUCUACAUAUCAAUGAACCACCAGUAUUACAAGAUUAUGAUGUCCAUCUUCCUUCUACAAGUGAGGAAGAAGAAGACAGUAAGGAAGACAUACGACCCUUGUCUAAAACAGAAUUGCAACUAAAAGCAUUAAAAUCAAUCCAGACCAAAGAAGGAAGAUCUACAGACAAGUUAGGAAAACCCUUCAAUGAAAAACUGAGCAAGCCUAAAGCCAACUAAAUCUUUAAUGUCUUACCAUAUCUCUAAAAGGCUGAUGUUAUAUGAUGCUGCAAGUUUUUCAUUUUUUCUUAAUGAAAUGAUAUCUGUAGUUCUGUUGCCUCAUUUUUAUUUCCAUUUGAAAGCAGUAUUUGACCUUGCAUAUCAGUUGUGAGAACAUACAUGUUGCAUGUUGUGUGCAUAGACAUGAUUUUUCAUAUUUUUUAUUCUCAGAAAUACAGUACAUUGUCUUGAGGAAUUCAAUCACAAUAUUUUGCUUUUGAAACAAUACUGACAUCAGAUUUGAAGCUAGUGAGGUUGCACAAACUAACAGAAUAAUUUAUUUGCAACUGACACUGAAAAAUGCUUCACAUUUUAUGCUGACUUUUCAGAAAUUGCAAAGGAAGAGUUGCCAAACCUUACUGGACUUGAACAUGUUGGACUUUAAAUCAGAGGAUUAGAUUUUAGUUGCUAAAAUAUAUUUCUUAUGUAAUACAGCUAUUCAAAAAAUUACUUCAAGGCUACUAUGAAGUCCUUACUUCUGUAGCUGGCACCUCAAUGACAGUAAUGACAGUUUGUAAAAAAAACUUUAGUUUUUAAUUAAAUAAUUUAUAAGUUUUAUAAGUUUUUGAAACUGUAUCUCAAAAAUUAAAAAAAAAAAUCAGUUUUUCUACAGUCUUUUGAAAAUCAUGUAUACUCUUCCACUCAUUCUUAGAAUCCAAAAAUCUGUAAAGAUCGACUCCUGAAUUUAAAUUAGAUUUACGUGUGCAGAAUUCAAUGUAAUGCUGAUACUUCAAAUUCAUAUCACUGUCAAUAUAAUCUAAUUAUAAUAUGUUCUGACAUCAAAAGCAAAAAAAAUCUAAUUGUAAGGACAUGGCCUUAUACCUGUUUCCUGAAUAAGGCCUGGCUCCACGCUAAAUUAGAAUAGGAUAAAAUAAUUUAACAAAUGGAUUGAGGCAUUUUAUAUUUACUUAAAUAUUAAAUGAGCUUGAAAGAGAAAAUGUGAUGCCUAGUAAAGCAAUGUGUUUACAUAAUCCCUUAAUGUAUGCAGUUUUUUUAUUCAUUUACACUAUUUAUUUUUGCAGGAACCACAAUACAGUGUUACCUUUCAUAAUUGAUAGAUUUUAUUCCAACAUAAUAAGGUGCCAUUGUUUUAAAACCUGUAUCAGCACUGCUGAUUUAUGCUGAGUGCAGCAAUUCCUAUAGGACCUUACUGUUUCUUUUCUUAGUGUAUUAUUAGGAAUACGUGCUGAGUGUAUAUCAUAACCUCUGAAUUUAAUUACAUGUCAUUCGUGGCCAAUGCUAUACAUUAAUAACAGUUUUUUAUAAUAAACUCAGAGUAUUAAAAAUACAGGAAGCAGCUCUCUGAAGGCUGCAGUCAGGACUGUUUUGCAGUACAAAUUCUAAAAUUCACUGCUGUAGCUGAAAACAUCUGUUUUUCACCUAAAAGCUCAUCGUUUUGUUCCAGCUUGUAAAUUACUCACAGGUAUUGAUUUUAAAUAAAAAUAUGAAAAGUUCU